AUGACUCAUUAUCUCUCCUUCUGUGCCCUGCCGCCGAAGGAUUCCUCCACCAAAACUAAUGGCCAGAAGCUCUUCAACUUCAACGUCAGCAAAGCCGAGAAAGGUCAGAAUCCUUUUUUCGGGACUCAACAAGAGUAUGCCCUGCUCGUUGCAGCUGUUGUCAAUCCGGACGAUCUAUCUGCUUUGGAUGUGGCGUCUUAUCUUCUGCGGUUGCUGUCACUCAACGGAGCACUCCCGGUUGAAGAACUGGUUCUCUACUACGAUAAGUACCGAAGAUCGGUGGCUUCCUUGGUGGCGUCUAGCCGCUCAAUGCGUGACUGCUUCGUUGGCGAUGCCUACCCAACCCUGCUAGCUGAGUUCUCCUUCAAUCGGUCCAGAAUGGCGCCUCGGGACAGCUCCAACAACCUCUUGAAUAAACAGGGAUCGAAGUUUGGCAUCUGCUACGCUUUUCGCGACGGUAAAUGUGGCUUUGGAAACAACUGCCGCUUUCGUCACUCGAGUGGCCCUAGAAAGGUGUCUGGUGAGUCCACGGCGGAAGCGAAGCCUUCCGGGGAGACCCAGCGAAAAGUCGCGGGCAAGGAGGACGAGAAAGCCUCUUCUGGUAAGUCCGGUUGA